UGUGCUCCGAGCACCGUGCACCGUGCACCCAUUGCACUUUGGUCUUACAGCAGCCAUGUCGGCUGUCUCUGAAUUCUUCUCCCACCUCAAAACCUUGUCCAUAGUCUUCUUUACUCUCCUACUUCUUGAAAUUAUAAUUUUCGUCCGGUCGGUCGCCGGAUUAAGCCCCAAGCCCGAUAAACGCCAAAUCUCCACCACCCAAUACCUCAAACUCAUCGAAGAAAGAAAUCCCACGACUCGCUACACGAGAAGAUUGACGACGGAGCCGGCCGAGUGCCGGGUGUGUUUAUCGGAAUUUGAAGAGGGCGAAAAGAUCAGGGAUUUGCAAUGUAAGCACAAGUUCCAUAAGGAUUGUCUAGAUAGGUGGCUCCAACAAGGUUGGGCCACGUGCCCGCUCUGCCGGACGAAGGUUUUGCCGGACGAUGUUGUCGACAGUUAUCAUCGGAUGCAAAAUCAGUUGGAGUACGAUGGGAGCGACGAGGAGGUAAUUUUCUUCUUGUCCGCCUUACAUGGCUAUAGUUCGCAUAGAUUUUUCUAAUUUGUCCAGUUUUUGUACAUGGGAAGCAUUUCUUUUGUGUUUUUACCUUGAAAAAAAAAAAAAAAAAGAAAAAAAAAAAAGAAAAAAAAAGAAAAGAAAUUUAGUAUACUUCUGAUGAUGUCUGUAUGUAUGACUAUUUCAAAAAUUAAGCUUAGUUGAGCUGUAAACUGACUAUAUAUGAAUGUUUUUAGCAGAGAAAAGCUUGAGAUUUGUUGAAUUUUUUGCAA